CAUUAAACAUGCCAGUCAAAGUGCACGUUGUCUACUGGUAAGGAAUAGAGCCAAACAAGUUAUCUUGCAAGUAUUGUGAAAGCAUAUGUUUUAAUUUAUAAAUACUUUUUCAGGGGCAGGAGUAUGCAAUUUCGCAACUGGUCUAAAUGUAGUCAUGUCAUGUUUAUAAAAGCCGUCUUAUGUUUUAUAUAUUCAGGAUUAAUAACGUAAGAUUAACGUAGUUAAUAUAUGGAAUAUGUUUGGGAAAUUUUGUUAUGUAAAUAUUUGUGGAUUUUUUCAAGCAUUUAGGGGAUGUUGCCACAAAUGACAAAUGACGUCGAAUCGACGUUUAUUUUACCCACCCACCCCAGUAGCGUCAAUCGAUAUUCAGUCGAAAUUUUGACUGCCAAACUCACAAUUAUUGUACUUUACUACCGUCAUUGGCUGGGAUUGUAUUUUGAUAGAAUAUUUAAACUAUAUACAAUAUUCGAUCAGACACUGGGAUGGUUUCAUCAGCCAUGGUUACUUUGGACGAAUUACGGUCGUUUCGCCAACGAGUCGUUUCGCCAACUGUCUGUUCGCCAACGUCUCGGGUCGAUUCGCCAACGCUCGUCCACGUUCUUAUGUCAGUUCGCCAACGUCGCGUAGUUCAUACACAGUAAAAUUCAGAGGGUAAAAUUCACCCCAGUUUACAAGAUAUUACUUGCUUUUAAUAACUGGUAUCUUGAGUUUACAAGAUAUUACUGUUCGGAGUGUGUUUUGUUCAGCCGACGAUUUAAGAAAAUAGAAUAAGAAACAAACUUCCGAAGAGUAAAGUCAUCUUGCAAUUCAGGAUAUGAACAAAAAACUCGUAAACGGAAUAGUAAACAAAAUGUUUUUGUUUUUUCACAAAAAUAAUGUUCAUGCAAGUAUACUCCAUCUUCACCAAAAGGGGGUUACUAGCCGUGACUAAUUACGUUGGCAACACUAUUAAUAGCGCAUGCAGGAUAUCGUUAAUCCAUAUAUUGUUUACGAGUUUGGUUUGGAGAUUGUGUUUACUAGAAACUCCAAGAUAUUUCGUGUGUUUAAUUAAUCUUCAAAAUACAAGAACAUCAGUAACAACUAACAAUGUCGCACAAUACGCCUUUUAUAUGAACUACGCGAUGUUGGCGAACUGACAUAAGAACGUGGACGAGCGUUGGCGAAUCGACCCGAGACGUUGGCGAACUGACAGUUGGCGAAACGACUCGUUGGCGAAACGACCGGAUACCCUUUGGACAUUAAUUGUCAAAUUACCACGAGAUAUAAACGUUGAUAAGUUACAUAAAACACAUAAAAACCCACCUACCCACUCAUAACGUUGAUUCGACUUUAUUUGUGGCAACAUGAAUAUGGACGUGACCCUGCACUUAGCUGGCCUGGCAUGACAUUAUAAAUAAUAUAAAAAGUAUCUUUUGCAAACAUUUUUGAUGUUUGCCAGCCAGCCUGUGGCUUAUAGUGAUAACAGCAUGUCUUUGUGAGUUUGUACAGGGUUGGAAUCCCAGCAAGCAGACAGAGUCUGACAGACUGGAAAGUUUGUAUUGCACACCCUAGAUUUCGGUUGUGCAAUUUUGGACCGAAAUGCGUGUCCAGGCGUGCCACUUUUGGAAGUAUAUUUGUUCUGACGUGCAAUUUUGGAAAACGUGCAUGUAAUUUUCUGAAGCGCGCAUGCAAAUUGCUAUAUAUCAAGGGUGGAUCUAGCCUCAUCUGCAAGGAGGAGUGUAGCCAUGCAAGCUUUCCAUGGGGUGGUGCAUGAGGGAGCCUCUAACUGUCCUAUGCAGUCUGCAAUACUACUGUCCCAACAUCGCCAUUAUUUGAGAUGGCUGAAUCUGCAUUUUACAUUAUAUUUGGUUUAUAUUUAUAAAGUGUUUAAUUUUGUAUUGGUUUUUUAUAACAUUGCAUAACUGGACAGUUGCUGUAGCACAGUGCAGUAAAUUUGCUUGUUGAAGUACCGGUACAGUAUAUUUGAAAAUAUGGCUGUAUAGCAACCCCAACAUCUAAAGCAUUCUGAGUAUUUUUUUGUGAGCUCACAAAUCAAUUCAAUCGUUUCAAGAAAUUAACACACUCUUGGGGGGGGGGACUGAAUAGGUUUUCGGAUUGUUGGAUUCCACCGAAAAAACUUUUCGGAUUUUGGAUCUGGACGGAUUUAGACGGAUUUGCAGAUCUUAUCAAAUUGACAAUGCAACAUAUUGCAGAUUUAUCUAAUAUUUUGGCUCAGAUUGUGGAUUUUGCUUGCAAUUUAGUUUGGAUCCUGCAUUGUGACCUCAUAGUAGAGCUUUUAGCGGAUCCAAAUUUAGGCAAGACCAUUGUCGGAUCGCCGGGUUUUGCUUCAAAUUUUGGUGAAUCAGCAGAUUUGUAUACCCCUAUUCACCCCCCUCCGACUCUAACAGUACUAGAAGUUCCAUUAAUCACUUUUCAAAAAGCAGAAAAUAUAUGGUCUUGAAGCAUAUUUUUAAGGGUGGUGCUGGACUACUCUAUGGGAAUAUCAGACUAGGUGGGGGGUGCACACUGCCAGCACCCUCAUUUUUGCUUGUUUGGCCAACCCAAUUAUUGAAUUUUAAUCUUAGACUGGAUAAAAUUACAAGAUUUAGCAGUUUCAGGAAUAUAUUGCAAUAGCAGCAGAAAAUAAAAUGAAAACAAGGAGAAAAUGUUCUUGGCAGACAUUACUUCAACAUCGUACCCAGGCUCUCUUCUCUAAGCUCCUUUAAUACUUCUGAACGGUAUAAUGUUAAUGUCGUAAAAAGCGAAUCUGGUAUUGUGUACUGUAACUGUGACCUACGAAUUGCAUAUGACGAAUCGUGUCAUGCAGCCAGACCUACAUUUAGAAAAUUUUACAGUAAGUUCAAAUUAUAAUCUAAAACUAUUUUUUGUUUUUUUCAGUGGUGCCUGAGGGUACAAGUCCAAGGUGAGAUAUUGUAUAUCUUUCAGCAGUUUGUAGUGAUAAGUUAUAAAUUAACUGAUUAGUCGCAAUCUGCCCAUUGAAUGCAACUGACCGUAUUAUAUAUUUUACUCUUUCCAAUGCCAGAUGUUUGUAGUCAUCAAUAGGAGAUUGCUGGCGCUCUAUUGGCUGAUGCGAUAUUAAAAAAGAUUGACAUAUUGAUAUUGAAAAACUUAUCACUUUUCUUAUUAAAAGUAAAUCCAAAAAGGAUUUGACAUAUUGUCUAGACUUUCCUUCACAACGGAACAGUGUGGCAUGUUAGAAUGAGUGAUAUUUUGAUGCUCUGUUUUAACCCAUUGAGCCGCAAUGCGCCCCAGUGCACCCUACUUAUUUUUUUUACUCGUCUAACGCCAGACAAUUUUACUUGUCAAUGGGGAAGCUGUGCAGCUUAAUGGUAUAAACAUGCAGAUAUGCACCAUUAGGAUUAUUCUUCAAAGUGCUGCAGUCGUUUUCAAACGUUCAGCCACUUGUAUGGGUGUAGCCUGUGUGGCAGGCGGUAUUUCUACCGGAUCUUCUGUGGUCACAUUAAUUACUCUGUUUACACUUUUAAAUUGCCCACACGCUUGCUACCUGAAUUCGCAAUUACUGUCGUACAGUAUACAUGUUUUCUAACUUCACUGGACAAUAAUUGCCAAAUUGCCUUUGUAUAUUUGAAUAUAACAAAGAAUUCAUGAAUGCAAUUUACAUGUAAGUACUGAAUAACUAAAAUAGUUGAAUAUAUAUUUUAUUUUAGUACAAUCGACUAGCGUCUAGUCUAGUUGAUGAAUUUGGCGAUGAUGUCGAGUGUGUAAGUACUGACCUUGGUGUAUGUAUGUACAGUUAUAUUACUGAUGUACAACCCCUAAUUGAUAGACAUGUGUUAAUCAGGGUUGAAAAUAAAUCGUUUUUAUUUAGAAAUAUUUGUAGGCUGUUUGGUGCGUGUAUCUUCUUUGUACCGGCAAUUUUGAUCCAUCGAACAUCAAAAGAUUAUGCAGAAAAUACAGAGAACCACCAUGCAUAUACAAAAGCUGCAGCAAAAUAGAAAACGCAUGCAGCAACAGUCUUUUCAAAUAUCAAAAAAUCUUUUCAAAUAUCUUUUCAAAAACGCAUUUUCAAGAUGAAAAUCAGUGCCCAGCAUAAAGCAGGUAAUUAAUAAGCCAUCAGGAAAUAACGUUUUUAAAUUUACUAAGUCUAGGAACGAAUGUUUUGUCCAUGGAUGUUUAAUGUGCAUUAUGCUGGGCAUUGAUUUUCAUCAUACAGUUCAGUUAGGAUUCCCGCCUUGUUCAUGGUUACCAGAAAUUCAUGGCUAUCAUAUUCAUGGCUACCAGAAGACUCAAUGCGAUCUUUUUAUGUCAAGACACCAUCUUUUUCAUUUAAAACCUAUAAAUUCAUCAUUAUAGAUCAUUGAAUUAAGAAGAAAAACUUGUUGCUGCUAAUUUAGAAGUAGCCGGGCUAGUGCUGUGAAAAUCCUGGUGACAGCCAGCUACUAUUUUAAAUCCUGGUUAAUGCUUUUGAAAUCUGUCAUGUCCAAUGCAGAGACUUGCAUUCAUGAUUUUAAAACGUUUCUCAAGCGGCAAACAGACCUAAAAAGUAUUUUUGAUUCUCAUGACAAAGUUCAAUGUUUUUACCGAGAAAGUUAAAUGUCUGUGAUGGUCAUUUGAUGGUUUCAAUUCGUUCAGCCAAUCAUCAGCUUGGAACUGGUUGAACGUGAUUGGCUGAUCAUAUUAAAACCUGUCGAGUGCUCUUGACAAACAUUAAAUUAAGAUACUCACGCGAAUAGGCAAUGCUUUUAUGAGCGACCGUUCAUCCUUAGAUUUUAGAUAGUACGCCAAAGAGAAAAUUACGUCUGAAGUUCAGCAAGUUUUGUUUAUGUUGCUGUAUAAAUAUGGUUUAAAACAUCAAUGAUAAUUAUAUAUCGCAUAGUUUCAUCCUGGUUUCAUCACGAUGAAAAUUAAUUAUAUUUAAAUUGACAAUAUUUAACUGCCAAAUACAUUGCUAACUGUGUAAUCUACUAAAAUUCUAAAACAAAGGAAUUUUGAGAGGAACACCAAAAAGAUUUUAGAUUUUGAACACUUUCAUUGCAAAUUAAUUUUUUUUAUUAGAGUGGAGAGGGGACACCAACAACUACUGGAUGGUUUGAAGUUAAUGUUGAUGGAAAACUUGUUCAUUCAAAAAAGGUACCCCACACUAAUCUAACUAGUUUAGCAGUAUUAUUCAAGUUCAGCCAAAUGAAGUGCGAUUGUUAUUUAGGUUUAAAUCGAACUCGAGAAAUUAUCUUGUUUUGGAACUUUUGAAUACUGAAAUACACAUGUAAAACAUACAAUUUGGAAAGACUGAAGCUGUUUUUUGUCGAGUUUAAAGUUACAAUAACCAUUGAAGAAGAAAUUUAAAAUAUCUUUCAAUUGUGAUGAACUGUUAAAUAUUUUGGCUGUUGCUGGUUUGAGGCAAAUUUGACUCCCUGGAAAAUAGUCAAUCUCGUACUGAGCCUGCAAUCCUACGAGAUUGGAAACUAAUAUGCAAAACGUACACACACAUAGUAUAAGCAUUUUUUGAUGGCUUAUUGUACACGAGGGGGCUUGUACUGUAUACGGGGGGGGGCUUAUAUACAGACACUCAGAUGUACUGUACAGACGACAAUAAUAUUUAUUGUACCUGUAAAGUGUAAACUAUACCCUGAACGAAAAGAAGUAAAACAGUUUGGUUUAUAACAAAUCAUGUAAUAGUGUAAUAUAAUUAUCAUCACUCUUCUGAGCUGUUGGAUUCCCUGUCCCAAAGUUAUACCUGUCCAAUAAUAAACCCAUGGCCUAAUACACUGAGGUGUUUAUUUUCUGUGGGAAGAGGGCUUAUAUUCGAAAUCUAAUUCGCCUGAGCGUUAGUGAAUAUGGUGGUGGGCUUAUACACGGGCGGGCUUAUAUUCGUGGGACUUAUAUUCGGAGAUACAGUAUACGGUAGGAUAUAAACAUGAGAGAAAUCUCUCAGGACUCCGCGGAAGAGAAAUUUGCUAUGUGUUGCAAUGGAUACUGAGUUUGAGAUGUCUACAGUCUAGCAUCCAAAUUUGAAUUUUGGUAUCUCAUGAAUAUCAGAACACAUACAGUACCCAGGUCGGUACGACGGCUAUAACCAGCUCAUUAAACUAUUGGAAGUCGUAACCAUGCUGCCAGUUAGUCAGCACAAUAAUUCCACAACACAAAAUAAUUACAGUAUAGUCACUUACAAUGCAAACAUAUGAGUUUAUCAACACUGAUCUCGUAACCUAUUGUUAUUUGUUCUUGUUGCAGAAUGGAGAUGGUUAUGUUGACAGUGAAGCGAAAAUGAAGAAGAUUACUGAAAGUGUUGCGGCAGCCUUGAGCUCCAAGUGA